UCAAAAACCCAAAAAAAUAUAUAGAUAAAUUUAAAAAACUAAACAAAAAAAAAUCCUUCAAUUUUUUUUUACAUAUCUGACAAAAAAAAUGGCUAAAUUUCCUAUAGCGGUAUGUCUAAUGUUAAUACUAGUAGCAUCAAGUACCAUAUAUGAAGCACAAGCUGGGUUCUUAUUAAGGCAUUACAUGAAGAAAUUUCCUCAAAAUUCCCAAGAUUUUGAGCCUUUUGCUUACAAGGGUAUGCUUAGUUUUGUGGACAACCUUGAAAGUAUGGCUCCAGGAAAAGGAGAGUACAAGGAUUUCUUCUCAAAGCUGAAAGCUUUCAUGGGCUUCAUAAACACGGCAAAAGGGUCUUCUUCAGACUUCCAGUCUCAGAUGAAACAACAAUCUGAGGGCCUCUUCAAGGCUAUCUCUGCAUUGGGUAUCAAAGGAGGAUCAUCAGCUGAUACAAGCAAACUGAUCGAGAGUUUGAUGUCAAUGGGAAAAACUUUUGCUGAAUUUAAGAGGAGUGGUGCAACAACGAUGACAAGCGAACAAAGAAGAGAGCUGGUCACAUCUAUGGCAAAAUGGGCACAAGUGAUUGGUCAGUUUGUGAAAAAAGUUGGCGACCAGACUGGUGACGGCAAAAAUAUUGAUCUUUCAUCACUUCUUGGAGGUGGAAGCUCUGGCUUUGGUAGCGGUGGUGAUAGCGGAAGUCCAAGCUCUGACAGUGGUUCCCCCUCUGCCGAUACUGGGAGUCCUACCGACGGUGGAAGCUAUGGAGAUAGCACAGGUGAUACUGGAAGCUCGGCAAGUAGCCCCUCCUAUCCAAGUGAUGGUGGCAGUGGAAGCACUGCUGGUGGCCCUAGUGGAAGUACAACUGAUGAUGGCAGUUCCGCCGGAGGAGAAAGUUCAAUGGGUGGUGAUUCCUCUUCUGCUGUAGGUGGAGCAGCUGGGGAGACUGCAAGUGCAACUGAUGCCGAUAGUGGAGGUGCUGCUGGUGGUGAAGCUGCUAGUGGUGGAGCUUCUGGUGGCUCGGCUGAAACCGGUGCUGAAAGCGCAAGUGGUGGAGAUGCUUCUGGUGGCUCAGCUGAAACUGGUGGUGAAAGCGCUGGUGGUGGAGCUGCAUCUGGUGGCGCAGCUGAAACCGGUGGUGAAAGUGGUGGAGCUACUACCGGUGGUUCGGCUGAAACCGGUGCUGAAAGUGGUGGAGCUGCUUCCGGUGGCUCAGCUGAAACCGGUGAUGAAAGUGGUGGAGCUGCUUCCGGUGGCUCGGCUGAAGCCGGUGCUGAAAGUGGUGGAGCUACUUCCGGUGGUUCGGCUGAAACCGGUGCUGAAAGUGGUGGAGCUGCUUCCGGUGGCUCGGCUGAAACCGGCGGUGAAAAUGCUAGUGGUGGAGCAGCUUCCGGUGGCUCGGCUGAAACCGGUGCUGAAAGUGGUGGAGCUGCUUCCGGUGGUGCUAGUGGUGGAGCGGCUUCUGGUGGCUCGGCUGAAACCGGUGCUGAAAGUGGUGGAGCUGCUUCCGGUGGUGCUAGUGGUGGUGCUGCAUCCGGUGGUUCGGCUGAAACCGGUGCUGAAAGUGGUGGAGCUGCUUCCGGUGGUGCUAGUGGUGGAGCCGCAUCCGGUGGCUCGGCUGAAACCGGUGGUGAAAGCGCUAGUGGUGGAGCUACUUCCGGUGGCUCGGCUGAAACCGGCGGUGAAAGUGCUAGUGGCGGAGCUGCUUCUGGUGGCUCGACUGAAACCGGUGGUGGAGCUGCUGCUGGUGGCGCGAGUGAAACUACAAGUGAAAGCGCUAGUGGUGGGAGCGCUGCUGCCGGUGGCGCGAGUGGAACUGCAACUGAAACCUCUAACAGCCAAGGAAGUUCAAUGGCUAGUGGAGGAACCUACACAGAUUCUACAGGUGGAAGUCCAGCCGGUAGCCCUUCUGCCGGUGGCCCAAGUGGAAGUGCAACUGAAAGCUCGAUGGAAGGUGGAGCCUCCGGAGGCCAAUCUAUGGGAGGACAAGCCGGCAGUGUUAGCUAUCAAUCUGCCAACUAUCAAAAGACGCACUCAAAAUCCGCAGGCAAAAGCUCUUUCAGCCAUUCCUCGGAAGAGAAAAGCUCUGGCAGCGCCAAUGCGGACUCGUAGAUUUAGACCCAGAGGUCAAAAACGUAUUUAAUAUUAUUAUGUCAAUAAAGAGAUGGCCCUGCUUAGUUACAGCAGCGAGCUGUAGAAUGUUUUGCUUUAAGAUUAUUAAUUACAUACACUUUAUACUAUAGAAUUAUAGACAUGCGUACAAUGCAUGGAUAUAAAAUUAACUCUUUUUUUUUUUUUUCUUUUGUAAGAAUAUGAAUACAUGAAAUUUUGGAUAUAUACAUUUACGUUUAAUUUAAAAAAUAUGAAUGUAAGUGGUUUUUGUA